AUGGACUUCCAAUCCAACAUAAAUCAUAUUUCGAAAGAACUUAGGAAAGACCAGCUCUCUAUUAGAAAUAGGCUCCAAUCAAUUCUCUACGAUGCUUACUAUAUAGAAUCCCUUGUAAGUAGAGGAAUAGCUCGGUAUCCUCUUAUACCUAAUGAAAGAUGUGGAUUAUGGUAUGUUCCAGAAGACAAAAAGGCAGAGUCAUGUUAUUUCAAGUCUACGGAUGGUCAUACAGGGCAGUGGUCUUUCAACUUGCGGAGACUCAACUUACAUUUACUCUCCAUAAUUUGUAGAGAAGGUGGUAUAUGUAUUGUAGAUUCUACUAGAAAGGGUAAAAAGAUACCUGAUGCUUUGCUGAAAACGAUUCCAAUAUGGUGCGCAGUAUUGAACUAUAUAAGAUUUGGCGAAGGAGACUGGUUAAGAACCCCACAGUCGACCAUUUCUGAGAGUGAACAUAGUCAAAUUUCCGAGAAGAUAUCGAAAUUUGCAGAUGAUGCUGUUCAAAAAGGUAUUAUUACUGCUGAGAAAUUGAAGAUGCUUGAAAAACCAUUGAUGCCAGAGUGGUACUAUCCUGGUGCAAAGAGUCAGUCUGACGAUAAAAUGGCACAGUACUACUACGUCCAGUGUGUAACCGCUUCUAAACGAACAAACCUGGCGGGAGGAUCUCAGAUGUCUAUUCCUGAGAACUCUUGGUAUUAUGUUCAAGGCUCAGCGGACGACCAUGAACUUUGGGCUACGAGGGACAUAUGCAGAGGAAAAUUGACCCCCGAGUUUUUCUGGAAAACGGUUGUGAAAUCAAAUGAUCUCAUUGAUGAUUAUGGUUUCAUCAAAAACAGUGUAAGUGAUGCUCAAUUGAUCCAGAAGAUGAAUGAAUUGUAUGAGCUGGUAAGUGAUUCGAGUAGGGAAAGCACACAAAGUAUUGAAGUGACACAGGUUAAAAAUGCAAACUGUGAUACAGGGUUAAGCUUCGGGAAAAUCGAACUGAAUUUGGAAUACAGCCUGUUAAUACUAUACCGUAAAGUAGUUAUAUUGAGUGAAACCUGGAAGGCUGUCAACAUCCCAGAGAAAGAAGAGGAAGAGGGAAAAAAGGAAAUCGAAAUAUUGCAGUAUGAAGUCGAGUCGUCGAAGAAAGGUUCUAAACAGUUGAGAGAAAUCUUUCCAAAGUUAAUAGAUUUACUUCUUAAAUGUGAAGAUGGUGCUAUUCUAGUUUUGUGUGAUACAGGAAAGGACCUCAGCGUGGUGAUAGUCUUGGUCUUGCUUUGCUUAAAAUUUGACUUAAAUUGGGCACCCAUUGCUGUAUAUCCACAGGUGGAUAAGACGCUAGUCAAACAACAUUUGGGUUUACUACUGGAAUUGAGGAAAAUAAAUCCGAGUAGGAACAGUUUGCAGAGUGCAAACUCAUAUUUAAUGAAAUAA